AUCAGACAAGUUUGACGUUUGCCCCGCCCACACAGGGAGCAGCGUUCCUCGUUGGCUGAAAGUUUUCGUCUUGGACUUUGAACAAUUUGAUAUUUCCUUGAAGUAACACUACGGGAGGAGACCUGUUAUAGGAGUUCUGCGGACGUCUUACGAAAAAGGAACAUGGCUGAGGUUCAUGAUGGUGUUGACAAGCAGAACAAUGAGGACUCUGUGGAUGCCAUUAAAUUAUUUCCACCUUUUACACGUUUAAAGGCUGGGGCCACAGGCAGUAAGAACACUUCUGAAGGAGGAGGAGGUGGACUCUGCCCCGUUCAGCAGCAGCACAGCAGCAGGCCCUGACCCUUACUGCUACAGGAUGGACUAUCCCAGCAUGGGAAUCUGUUUGAUUAUCAACAAUAAGAACUUCCACAGUAGCACAGGUAUGAAUGCUCGUAAUGGGACGGAUAUUGAUGCUGCUUAUGCUAUGAAGACCUUCUCUAGCCUGGGUUAUAAUGUCAAAGUGGAAAACGACCGGACUGUGGCACAGAUGAAAGAACUGCUGUCAAGGGUAUCUAAGCAGGACCACAGCGGCAGUGCAUCGUUUGUCUGUGUGUUGCUAAGUCAUGGAGAUGAGGGGGUGAUAUAUGGCAUAGAUGGCUGUGAAAGAUUUGAAAACCUGACACAAUACUUUAAAGGAGAUCGCUGCAGAAGUCUGGUGGGGAAACCAAAGCUCUUCUUCAUACAGGCAUGCCGUGGCUCAGCCCUGGAUGGUGGAUCCUGGAUUGAGACUGACAGCGUGGAUGGGCAAACAUCAGAGAGGAUUCCUGUGGAGGCAGAUUUCCUGUAUGCUUACUCCACUGCUCCAGGCUACUACUCAUGGAGAAACACUUCCAAUGGCUCCUGGUUCAUGCAGUCACUGUGUGAGAUGUUGCUGCGUUACAGUGGAGAGCUGGAGCUGAUGCAGAUCAUGACCCGAGUCAACCGUAAGGUGGCGCUGCACUUUGAGUCUUCCUCCAGCUUACCUGGAUUUAGCAGCAAGAAGCAGAUCCCCUGCAUUGUCUCAAUGUUGACCAAAGACUUCUACUUUCCUAAAAAAUAGACUUUUUGUUUAACCUACAACAUACUCUCUUCCAAAUUUGUUCUGUUCUUUUUGACCACACACCAAAGUUUUGUGUUGUGUUGUGUUUUUGUGUAGGCUGUGCAGCAGGAUCACAUUACUUCUAAUGUCAGUAAAUCUGAACUGCUAUUUUGAAAUGAAUUGACAUGUUUUAACAUAGACAUGUUUUUAUUGUUGGGUCUUUCUAGAAAACUUGAACAAGUUUCAUUCUGUCUUUGAUUUUAUAGAAGGGUGUUGGAAUAAUUUAAAGGGAUACAUUUUCUAUGAUCUUAAAAUGUGUUAUCUGUUUCACAGAUUACACACUUAAACACCAGCAUUCAAUUUUAGUACAUCAGUAUACUCUGUGUAUUUAUAGUAUUUGUAAGCAUCUGGUUUACCACAUACAACUACUAUAAAUCACUGUGACUGUAUUCUGUAAGAGUCUAAGUUUCAAACAAUGUCAGCACAUGAAAAUAAAUCUUUUAUUUUA